AUGACAGCAACACAUCCCACACCAUCCCAACCAACGGCUGAGACCCGCUCCAUGCGAACGGGCGUGCUGAUCCACCCGUCGCACGCGCAAUCAGGUCGCUUCCUCGUCCUCCCGCACCCGCGCACGCUCGUGCCCACCUACUACCUCUCCCUCCCCUCCUCCUCCUCCUCCGCCGCGGGACUACUCGAACUCACAACACUGCAAGAUACGCGCUACUCCCGCUCGUGGAUGCUCUCGCAUCUCAACCAGGUGCUCUCCUCGGGUCAACUGGAGAUUCUUGCGCCCGUAGAUGUGCGAUUUCUCCUCAUCUCGCUGCUGAGCCUGUUAAGCGGGGGCUAUCGGUCUGUGGAGGAUUGCUUUGAGCAGGUGGCGCUGGAUUUGUGGGCGAACCGCAAGGAGGCGUUGUCGAGCAGCGUGCCCGAGGUCAAGGCUGCCGAAGGAGGAAUGGAGGAGGUCUGGUCGGACGUUGUGGCCUUCGGCAACCUAGAUGGCGUCCAGGAGGCAAUGCGGGACGUAUGCGACACCCAAACGCUCCCCACAGGCGAUCAAGCCUUUCGACUGUCUCAGGAGAAGACAUUUGCUCUGCUCAAUACGAAGCUCGCCCGUCUCAGCGAGAGAACUACAUUCGUCCAAGCACCCAACACCCUAGGCAGAAGCUUCGAACGCAGGUGGACGAGCGAUUCGGAUCCCACCCCCUACCUCACCACCGAGGCAGAGGAUUGCGAUGAAGCUAAAAAAUUGAGAAGCAGAAUCGCCGCCGAAGUCAUCGCUACCAAUCUACCGCCCAAGCUGGCCGCAGAGUACUUUGCGCAUUUGGGCAUCAGUCUCGAUUGA